AUGGAGCCUGCGCAGGCCGGGUCUUCGCCUAUUCUGGCCUCCUCCGGCGACUCCCCCCGCAGCAGAGACUCCCGCAAAGAAAAAACUGUCUUAGAAUUGGCAGAUCAUGGCUUAUUUUUGCCGGUUUCCCCUCGAGAGCUCCAGGCGUCGCUGGGUUCCCCGCUGCUGGCGCUGGAGCGCACAGCCACCCCCCCCGAGUUCUCCAGAACUUCCUCCAGUGGACCACUGGUCACCCCCCCGGCCUGUCCACUGCUGGGCCCCGAGGACCACCGCCGUGUCCGCUUUCGGGACUGCGACGAGGAGUGGCUGCUGACGGACGAGCUCUCAGUGGCCAGCACUUCGCUGCGGGCCACAGAAGAGGCUGCUCUGGGGGACGCAGCAGCAGCAAAGCUCGACGACGCCUCCCCUGCUGCUGCUGCUGCAGCAGCAGCAGCAGCAGCAGCAGCGGCAGCAGCAGCGGCGCAGCCGCGCGGCUGCAGGUCUCCCCUCGCCGCAGCGUGCAGUGUACGUACACCUGGGACCGCAACGCCGGGCCCCGCAGCAGCCCGCUGCAGCAGCCCCGGCAGUCCUUUUGCUGCUGCAUCUCUGGCAGCUGCGCAUUCAUUUCUUUACCAGCAGCAGCUCAGCAGCAGCUCAGUGGACCUUGCUGCUGCCCACUGGCUUCCCGCUGCGCGCUGCAGCAGCAGCAGCAGCAGCAGCAGCUCUCGCUGCGGCAGCAGCAGCAGCUCUCGCUGCGCGUCCCUGAACUACCCAGCCCGCGCCGAGUCGCGCUCGCCUCCACAACCACCCCAACCAGCAGCAGCAGCAGCAGCAGCAGCAGCAGCAGCAGCAGCAGCAGCAGCAGCAGCAGCGGGGCCCCGCGGCCGCCGCCACACAGCCCCCGGGGCCCUGCGAACUGCCCUCAUUCGCUCCGCCGACGGCAGCGUCCACCGCCGGCCCCUCCACAGGCCUCCUUUGAGUACAACUCAGCCCCCGAAGUCUUGUGUGCGGCUGCAGCAGGAGGGGGGUUUAGCUGGCAGCAGCAGCAGCAGCAGCAGCAGCAGCAGCAGCAGCAGCAGCAGCAGCAGCGGCAGCGGCGGGGGCUGCGGGGGCGCUGCAGCGCGCGGCAGCGCGGAGGCCGCCGCGCCCUGGGCCGCUUCCUGGGGGCCCCCCGGGGCCCCAGUGGGCCCUCCCCCCCCGCCGCUCUCUGUCGGGCCCGGGGCCCCGGUUCUCCCGGUUUCUAGACCCUGUGGCUGCUGCUGCUGGGGCCCCUGCUGCUGCUGCUGCUGCUGCACCUCUGGGGGCCCCUGGGGGCCCCUGGGGGGGCCCCCACAGGCCUUACCAGCCACAGCUUUGCCAGCCCGCUGCCCUGGUAGAUAUUGCUUGUUGGGACUUCGAGUGAAAUGCAAUUAA